GCCCGGGGCCUUCUGGGGAGCCCAGGGUCGUGUCCCCAGAGUCCAGAAGGGGCCUGUGACCCAGAUGCCGCCUCCCCCACCCCCGGCCGCGCUGCGUGGGAGGAGGCGGCAGCUGCAGCGCGGGCGGAGGGCGGGCGGCCGGCGCGCCCGGCCCGUGGGAAGCGGCGGCGUCUGCGCUUUCCACGCUCCUUCCCAGCGGCUCCCUCUGAAACCCAACCCGCCCGCCCAGCGGCUGCCCGUGCCCUGCCGCCCCGCCCACCCGCAACCCGGCAUCGGGUUGCAGGAGCCCGGGGCGGGAGCUCAGGCCAGGGGCAGGGGUGAGGGGCUGGGCCAGAUGGCCAGGCCGCUGUCCACCCCCAGCCCCUCUCAGAUGCAAGCCCGGAAGAAACGCAGAGGGAUCAUCGAGAAGCGGCGCCGGGACCGCAUCAACAGCAGCCUGUCGGAGCUGCGGCGCCUGGUGCCCACGGCCUUUGAGAAGCAGGGCUCCUCAAAGCUGGAGAAGGCUGAGGUCCUCCAAAUGACCGUUGAUCACUUGAAAAUGCUCCACGCCACAGGCGGGGCAGGAUUUUUCAACGCUCGAGCCUUGGCCGUGGAUUUCCGGUGCAUCGGAUUUCGGGAAUGCCUCACCGAGGUCAUCAGAUACCUGGGGGUCCUCGAAGGGCCUAGCAGCCGUGCGGACCCUGUUCGGAUUCGUCUUCUCUCCCACCUCAACAGCUACGCGGCUGAGAUGGAGCCCUGCCCCACGCCCCCGGGGCCACUGGCCUUCCCCGCCUGGCCCUGGGCCUUCCUCCAUGGCUGCCCUGGGCUCUCGACCCCGAACAGCCAGCUUGCCCUCCUUGGCAGGAUGCCCGUCCCUGUGCCCCCCAGCCCCUCCUCACUCGCUUACCCGCUCCCGGCCCUCCGAGCCGCACCUGUGCGCAGAGCCGCUGGCACUGCCCAGCCUGCCCGGAGGGCUUUGCUGCCCAGUCGAGGGGCAGCUUCUUCUAUCCGGAGGGCCCGGGCCCUGGAGAGGCCAGCUGCCCCCCUGCCCACAGCUGCCAGUGGUAGGGCUGCCCAGAGCAGCCUCAUGGCACCCCUCCUCCGGUCCCCUUCCCCCGCGCCGCCUGGGGCAGUGAGGUCCCCCACUUACUCUGCUGUCCCUGCUCUUAGGGCCUCUUCCCCGGGCACGGGGCACUGCCACUCCUGGAUCCCUGACAUCGCAGAAGUCGGGGCCUUCUGAGCUGGCAUCCCCGAGUCCCCACUCGGCCCUGCCUCUCGGCCUGCUCCCUGCACUGGCUCCGAGACGGGGCUUCUCACCCCGCUGAGGCCCCUCCCUGUCCGCUGGCCUCAGUGCCCCGCUCAAAGCUGUCCCCUACCCUGCUCAGAGGCUUGUUGGCAAGUCUUCCCUGGAGAGAGCCCGGGAGAGGCCCUCAGAGCUGUGCCCUGACCCCUCUCCUGUCUCAGGGCCCACAGGGCAGCAGACGAGUCUGGGACUCUUGAACCUGAGUGGCUUGACUCCUGGGGACAGGCUGCUCUUCCCCCCGAUGAAGUGAGACACCCCCCCCAUCCCUUCCCAUUCUUCCCAGGACCAGGGUCGGGGACCAGAACUCAGCGUCUACCCCACUUCCUGAAGAGAUUGGCCGAACAGAGGCCACAAAGAGGUCUCCUGGGACCCCUGGUCUGCCUGACUCUGCCCUCCUGGAUCGCUGUCACGCAGACGGUCCACCAACGGCCAAGCCUGGGGGUGGGGAUCUUCCAGCUCUCAGACAGCUGGCAGUUCUCUCUCCCAGCCGCAGCAAGGAGGCCUGGGACAGCCCCCGGGGCAGGAGACCAGACUGACCACUGGAGAACCCCCAGGCGAGUGACCCCCGCUGGGUCCACCGUGCCCCAGGCCACGUUCCCACACGCGGCGCCCAGAGCGGGACCCGCUGGGACUCAGAAGCAGACAUUGCGCGCCUGGUUUGCGUCCGGCCGUCGGUGGGAGCGCAGACUGCUGGGACAGCCGCGGCCUGUCAGGCUGGACCAAAAUAACCGUGAGGAGGGGCAGAGUGAGGGCCGCAGAGGCGUCUGGGCCCUUCAAGGUCGUGCAGAGGUCAGGUGCCUAAGAGCCUGUUCCCCCCAACUCCACACAGCUGGCUCCACUCACAGACUGUCACCCCCACGCGCUGACCCCGGCCGCUGGGUCAGCACAGUGCGAAGGAGCGACUCAGUCGCCAUCCCCUGGGGCACAGCAGAGACUAGACCAAACGGGGCAGUCCCAGGGCUGAGCUGCACAGGGUCGGUGUCAACAGAGUAGCCGUGAAGGGUCUCGGUCCGUGCCCAUUGCCUCCAGGCUGCCCCCAGGAGCCCACCCGCUUCUCCAGCUGCCAGUCAGUGCUCCCAGCUUCUGUGCAGCCAUUGAGUGUUUCCAAAGUUGCCUCUGGGAACUGUGGUUCCCUGUUCCUCUGGUACAGAAACCUUCUGGGCCCAAGGUCAAGUUUGCAGAAACCCAGGGGGAAAAGAGCUCUUGGGGAAGUGGGGCAGAGGGCAGGGGCAUUGGAGUGACCCAGAAAACUCCUUUGAGAAGGCCCCUUCCUUCAGGAGGCAGUGAGAGCUGGAGGCUGACCUCGGGCCGGAGAGGGGUCCUGAGUACAGGCUUGGGGAGGGCAGGGUGGUCAGCAGCUCCCAGGCGUUGGCAGAGGGGACAGAGCAGGCAAAGGUGGCAGAAAGCCAAGAUCCCCCUCCCGUCUUUCCCCAAGAGCAGGAAGUCCUCCCCCCGACACCCCUCUUCUCCCCCACCCUCUCUGCCCACCCUGGAUGGAGGAUCCUGGUCCCCAGUAGCAGACUAGUCCUGCAGUUGGCGGGGGUCUUCCUAACGGGGGAGGCCAGUGUGAACCACUUGCAAGGCCAUGGGGGACACGUCUCUUUGGGUGCCAACUCCCAACAUACCUGUGAUGCUCCCACAUGGGACAGUGUCCAGGUGCCCCCUAAGGAGGUGGCCUGGGCUCCCAGCUUCCUAAUCUUCCUCAAGCUCAUCACCCUCACUAGAAACUGGAGGUGGGGGCUGUCUGCCUGUGUUCUCAUGCUUGAGGAUAUGUUUGUAUCCCUACUCUUCCUGGUGCCCCAGACUCCCACCCCAUUGCCUGGGGUAGCAGCCAAUAAAGAUUUUGUACUUCUGGAAACCUUCAA